GAGUUGUCCGCGCCAGGCCUCCGUAGCAGCCGGCGGGGGCGGCUGUCAGGCGGUGACGGCGGGCGGGACGCGCCCAGGUUGUUGCUGCUGCCGGGACGCGGCUGGGUGCGGGCGGCGGCGGCUCGCGGGCAGGGGGCGGCGGCGGGCAGCGAGGCAGACCCGACCCGGCCCAGCCAUGGACGAGCAAGCGGGGCCCGGCGUCUUCUUCAGCAACAAUAACAACAACAACGCGCUGCUCCUGCCGCCGCCGGCGGGCGGGCCGGGGCUGGAGCCGGGCGAGGCGGCGGCGGCGGCGGGAGGCGGCGGCGGGGUCCCUCCCGCCGGGGCCGCCGCGCCGGUGUCGGCGUCCCGGGCUCAGUACAGCGUGCCGGGCAUCCUGCAUUUCCUGCAGCACGAGUGGGGCCGCUUCGAGGCGGAGCGCGCCGAGUGGGAGGCGGAGCGGGCGGAGCUGCAGGCCCAGAUUGCCUUCCUUCAGGGCGAAAGGAAGGGACAAGAAAAUCUGAAGAAGGAUCUAGUGCGGAGAAUCAAAAUGCUAGAAUAUGCACUUAAACAAGAAAGGGCUAAAUAUCACAAAUUAAAAUAUGGCACAGAACUGAAUCAGGGAGAUAUGAAGCCACCAAACUAUGAUUCUGAUGAAGGGAAUGAAACAGAGAUUCAGCCACAACCAAACAGUCAGCUAAUAUGGAAACAAGGACGACAGCUGCUAAGACAGUACCUACAAGAAGUGGGCUACACUGACACGAUAUUGGAUGUGAAGUCAAAACGGGUACGAGCUUUGUUGGGCCUCUCAAGUGAUGCUUCAGAGAAGGAAAACAGAAAUCAAGAGCCAAUGGUAAAUGGCACAGAGGGCCAGAUUAAAGAAAACGCCAUGAUUGGGAAACCAGAAUUGACUGACUCUGCCUCUCUGCUAGAGACCUUCAAGUUUCUUGAAAAUGCAGCUGCAGACUUCAGUGAUGAAGAAGAUGAAGAAGAUAUUGAAGGGAGAGAGAAAACAAUCAUUGAUACCUCAACAAUUGUGAGGAAAAGAGUGUUGUCUGACAGCAGUGAAGACAGAGAUACAGAAGAAGCUUUGAAAGAGUUUGACUUUCUGGUUACUUCAGAUGAAGGUGAUGGAGAAUCAAGAAGUUCAGGAGAUGGAACAGACUGGGAAAAGGAAGACCAGUGUCUCAUGCCUGAAGCCUGGAAUGUGGACCAGGGAGUAAUAACCAAACUCAAGGAACAAUACAAAAAGGAGCGCAAGGGGAAAAAGGGGGUGAAGAGAAAAACUACCGAAGAUAUGUUUCAGCCUCAAUCCUAUAUAAAACAGUCAAAACAGGGAUGUGGGAAAAUGAUGGAGCAAAGUACAGGGCCCAACAGGUCAAAGCUGCAAGAUAUGCUUGCAAACUUGAGAGAUGUUGAUGACCUCCCUUCAUUACAGCCAUCUGUUGCACCUUCUUCCAGGCCCAGUAGCUCAAGGCUCAUUGAACAUGAGAUAAACAGGACAGAUGAAGUGGAAGCUUUAACAUUCCCUCCUUCUUCAGGAAAGUCUUUCAUUAUGGGAACAGAUGAAGCCCUUGAAAAUGAGCUGGGUCUUGGAGAGCUCGCAGGCCUUACAGUAGCCAAUGAGGCAGAUUCACUGACUUACGAUAUAGCAAACAAUAAAGAUGCAUUGAGAAAGACUUGGAACCCCAAAUUCACUUUAAGAAGUCACUUUGAUGGAAUAAGAGGUCUGGCUUUUCAUCCAGUUGAACCUGUCUUAAUAACAGCUUCAGAGGACCAUACGUUAAAAAUGUGGAAUUUACAAAAAACAGCCCCAGCAAAAAAGAGUGCUUCUCUUGAUGUAGAGCCAAUAUAUACAUUCAGAGCGCAUAAUGGACCAGUACUUUGUGUGGUGAUGAGCAGUAACGGUGAACAGUGUUAUAGUGGGGGAACUGACGGCCUCAUCCAUGGCUGGAACACAACCAACCCAAACAUCGACCCCUAUGACUCUUAUGAUCCUUCUGUUCUAAGAGGUGCUUUCGUAGGCCAUACAGAUGCAGUGUGGGGUCUGGUAUACAGUGGAGCACACCAGCGUUUGCUGUCCUGUUCAGCAGACGGCACUAUACGUUUAUGGAAAGCUACAGAAAUUGCUCCGGCUCUUAAUAUAUUUAAUGAUAAUCAAGAAAUGGGAAUCCCUUCAUCAGUAGAUCUUGUGAGCAGUGACCCAAGCCUCAUGGUAGCAUCAUUUAAUAGUGGACACACUAGCGUUUUUAACAUGGAGACACGGCAAAGAAUUCUUACCCUGGAGUCUGGAGUAGAUACUACAGUCAGUUCUUCCUGUCAGAUAAACAGAGUCAUCAGCCAUCCAACUCUUCCAAUUAGUAUCACUGCUCAUGAGGACAGACACAUCAAAUUCUAUGACAACAAUACAGGAAAACUGAUCCAUUCCAUGGUAGCUCAUUUAGAUGCAGUUACAAGUUUAGCUGUUGAUCCUAAUGGCUUGUAUUUGAUGUCUGGCAGUCAUGACUGUUCAAUUCGCUUAUGGAAUCUUGAAAGCAAGACCUGCAUCCAAGAAUUUACUGCUCAUCGCAAAAAAUUUGAUGAAUCCAUUCAUGAUGUGGCAUUCCACCCAUCCAAAUGCUAUAUUGCCAGUGCAGGAGCAGAUGCCCUGGCUAAAGUGUUUGUAUGACAGAGUGCUCCCCUUUCAACUCUAGCUUGUAUAUAUUUAACCAGCUGCACAAAAGAGAAGAGGAGGGCAAGAGUCUCCUUACCCUGCCCUAUAAUUCAGAGAAUGUUUGUAAGUGUUUAGUUUUUGCAGGGUGCUCUUUUCUAGAUUAAGGUUUGUUCUGGUUUCUGUGAGCUCAGCUGGUGCUGAGAGCUUGGAAACUCUCAGUUUCAAAUAGUUCAAAAACAAAAGAAGCGCUUUUAUUUGAGAGGGUGUGAGUUUUCAUCCAGGCAGGCCUUGGGUGAAACUUAGGUCUAUGUAUUCUCUAUUAAUAAAAUGGGGUAGUGGAAAGGAAGGGUCCAGUUGCUUCAGGGAGUGGGAAAAGAGGGAAACUUCCUGGGAUGCUUCUCAUGGGGGAAUCUUAAUGUGCUUAAAAUUAAAUCACCUGGAAAAAGUGUCAGUUCACAUGCUCAUUAUUGUGCCAUGUGGGAGGCACUUGAUCAUCCCUUUGGUAUUAAUAAGUAGAUAAUGUUGAGAGAGCAGUAGCUGAUAGUUAAUCUCAGCCACCUGGCUGCUAGCCUAAGAUAAAUGUGGUUAAAGGAAAGCAAAUUACUAACAAAAAUUAAAAUGCAGAAAAGUUUUCUUACAUCUUUUAUGUUAUACAGCAAAUAUUUAGUUUGCAAAAAAAUUAUAUAAUUUUUUAAAGACUGUAUUAGCAUGUGGCUAGAAGCUGAGCCUUUAGUCUAGUCACAAUUAACAACAGACUGAAGCAGUCUGUAUAUACUGUAGUAGCAGAUUAACUUAUUCAGAUUUAUAAUACUGUUUAUUCUUGGAGGUCUGGCACAAGAAAUUAUCACAAAACUUUCCAAAGAAACUCUCUUACAAUUUAAUUAUCAGAUGUUCAUCUCUUCUUUCUGUUCCUGCUUAAAAAAAGGUGUCAUUCAGGGCAUUAAGUGUAACAGCGAAAUACUUUAAUUCAUUUGAAGAUAAAAACUAUACCUGAUACUCUAUAUGAGUUGUAUUACUGUAAUAGAUGUCCAUACAAAGUUCCACCAAUUUGAAAGAUUCUGCUAUUUCUAGAGGUAUUUCCUAACUUUAAGACUUGUGGAACUUUUUAACAUGUUGUGCCAUUGAUCAGGUAUGUGAAGAAUGAGUGCUAUUUUUUAAUUACUCAACAGAUGUGCUUUGUUUGUGUAUUCAGAGCUGCUCUGUUGAUUUGAAUGACAAAUAACUGUUAAACCAAUAUUUUAGUCUUUUUAUCCCUUCUUAAAGGAAAGUGCAUGGAUUCUUUUCUAUUACAUAUCAUCAUCAGAGUUCUUACUACUCUUCUCUAAGUCUAUGGAGGUUGGUGUUUUCCUUUUAAGUGGAACGAAAAGAAGAAUUUAUGCUGGAGAUUGCAUGGUGCUGAUGCGAGUAGGAAAGAACCCAAUGCAACUCUUUCAAAUGCCAGCCUGAGUUUAAGACUGGAAGUUGAUAGAUAAAUCUUUACCUUUAAACUGACACUUCUUGAAAAGGAAUCAUUGAAAGAUACCGGCAUAGGAUUUGAUCAUGUUGUUUUAGAAUGACAUUUCAGGAUGGGACCAUGUUUUAAGCUGAACUCAGAGUUUAGAUUAACUGUAUUAUUUAGAAUAAAAGGUUGACCUGUGCUGUUUGAGCCUGCAACACAUUAUAUUUACUGCUAAAAUAUCCUGGAAUACCUUUUAUUGCUCAGAAUAUUCAGAUAUGUCACUUCAUGAUACUGAUAUGCAAUAUAUUUCCAUAGAUAAGAUUAGAACGUUUACCAUUAAACAGAUGACUACAGUAGUACUAAUUCAGAUUAUUUAGUUUUUAUAAUGCGUUUUGGUUACGAUGAAAAAGGGGAAACUUGGCUGCAAAACUGAGCAUUCAAUUUUGUGAGAGUUCUGUGUACUUGACUCUUAUUCUUUCAGUGUCAUUAUUUUAUUUCUUUUUGAAAAGGAAUUACAAAGAUUUAUUUGAAAAAUUCUAAAAGUUAUGUAUAUUAUAUAUGUGUAUAUAUAUUGUAAACAUGUAUUAAAUGUGUCUAGUAAGGGAAGACUUCAUGGGUGCAUUUUAAUGUUUUAGUAUUAAGAGUUCUCUUGAGUUUGUGUAUACAAAGGAUAAUGGUGUGAGUAUGAAAUGAAUGUUGUGCUUUUGCUUACACAAUACAAUACGUAGUUACAAUGUUUAAAUUGCUGUACAUAAAAUUAAUAGGCCAGCAUGCUUGUUUUUAAAGACGGUCAUUCUGAUUACAAUUGGAAUGUAAGAAGUGGCUGUUCAAAUGUGAAUCGAAAGACGAAAAUCACUGAAAUGUGAUUCUUUAAAGCUGGCAAUAGCUAGAGGAUGAGGUGCCUUUAAAAAAAACAAAUGUAGCCUUACAAAGAGGUUGUGGAGUAUAUAUAUUUUUGUGCUGGUCUUCAUAAUUGAUGUCAAUGUCUUUUUACUGUACUUGUUCACAUACUUGUAGGACUGCAGGGUAUUGUGCAUGAGCCUGUCAAAUCUGAACAUCGUCAUAGAAGUUAGGGAUGAAAAAAUUAUUUAGGUUAUCUAGUUCAUCUGCUUGCUAAAGCAGGUUUGUAGACUUGUGCAUUUUAAUAGUGUCUUGGACAGUGAGGUUUUUAUGUAUGUUCGAAAUGAUUAGGCUUCCUUUGGCAGAUUAUUUCAAUGAUUAUAUCUCACUGACAGGAGAAUUUACCUGGUGUUUAGCGGUUCUUUUUUGUAAUUUCAUGUCAGUAUUGCAAGUCAUGUUCUUUUGUGCCUUUUUAAGUAUUCCUCAUCAUCUUUGUAAUUUGGAACCUGCAAGUGCACACUAGCCCUAGUUGUAUAUUAAUGUUCCUUUCAUCAUUCUUCAAGCUAUUUUUAGCCUGCUCCUUUUACACAACUUUCUUUUCUUGUUUUCAGCUUGUUAGCUCAUUUCUCUGUAGCUGGGUGCCUACGACACCAUUCCCUAUACAUGACUCGUUGGACUUGGUCUGGAAGUAACCUGAUGAUUUUUUUUAUUACUAUUAUUUUUUUUUUUUAUCUGUAACACGAUGCCUUUGCAUAGGAAGUCCAAACUUUUGGUCUUACGACUCGCGUCUCACAAACCCAAAUCUUAUUUGUCUGAUAAUUGUUUUAAAUAACUACAAGCAUUGCUGCUUCUCAGGUUUCUCCGUUGCUUUUCAGUAUGUAUUUCUGUUUCUUCUCCAGCUGGAUACUUACUCUUGUUUCAUGAUUAAUGCUGUUUUUUGUAAGCUUUGAACUUCUGAUUUCUGAGGGCACUAAAUUUUUUUUUCCUCCCUUUUAUGUGCAGUUCUUCCAAGUUUGAUGUAAUUGGUAAUUUCAUGAAUGGGAUUUUUAUAUAUAUAUAUUUAUAUAUUUUUAUAUAUAUAUAUAUAAAAGAUAUGAAUAAAACUGGACCUAAUGCUUAUUCUUGCAAUAAGCAUUUUUGUGCACCUCAGUUUAUUGCAUUUUACCAUUACUGGUUUUCCCAUAUCUAAUUCACAUGGUACAUUUUGUAAUGGUUAACUCAGAAAUUUUUGUGUGUGUUAGCCUGUGCUACUGCUUUUGAUUUUAGUGACUAACUGAAAAGGAGAAGUUGCAGUCCUUCCAUAUGCUGAAAAUUGGUCCACUAGGUUUAAAUAUUCUUAUUUCUAAAUUACAUCACUGUGGCAUGUGGUUUCACGUAUUUGAUUCAGUUACCAAAACACUUGCACAAAAUGAUUUGAAAUAACCUGGAAAAAGCUCUAGAUAUAAUUAUAUUGUGGAAAAUAUUUCUUUCACUUUUAUUAUGGAGUCCUAGUCAAUGCAUUUAUUUUUGUGCCUCAAAAGACAAAAUUGUUUUGACGUACCAGAUAAAAGACUUUGUUUAUUGCUUAUAGGAAAAUCACUGAUUAAUAUUUUUGGAUCUCAUUCAUCUUUAUUUUGAUAAAAUGCUUUUUAGCAAGGAGUCUGUACAACUGUAUACCACCUACUUUUUUUGCCAUGUGUUUUCAAUUAAUGUUGCGUUAAAUCAGCCCCUUACAUAAUGUGUUUGAGUAAGUGCGUGAUGUUUAACAUACAGCUUUGUGAUUAGGCCAUACAGCGUCAUUUUGCAGUUGUGAAUUCAAAGUAAAUAAAAAUUUGUCCUUUGGAAUAAAUGUGUAAAAGAUAAAGGACUUAAUCACACUGUCCUUCUCAGUACAUCUGUGUGAUCUCAGAUGUGUCCCCUUUCCCCACCUACAUAAUCAUGCUUUAACAGUGUAAUUUUGGGGAGAAGCAAUUUCCAUAAACUGAUAUGUCAGUUAGGCAGUAUUUGGUUGGCAGAAGUAUUAGUCCAUACCAAAGGAAACAAAAAAUUAAAAAGCAGACAUAACCAUCAGUUCAUGAAGGUUUUUGAAUGUCUUUGAAGAUGUGUAUUUGGAAGUGUUUGCAGCCUGCGUUUUGGCAGGGUCUUUUCAGAACUGUCUUAGGGAGACUACUUGACACCUUUGUGAAAUGUUUAUUGUGGAUUAUAAGUAGUAAAUCCUAUGUGGUCCAGUUUACAGCUUCCUAAAAUCUGUCUUAUAAUGGGUCAAAUUUUGUAAGGCAGGUUGAGUGACAGAAGAAAAUGUAGCUGGCGUGUUUGCUCCUGUGCCUCAACACCAAAAGGCUAUAGCAGUGUUCUUGUUGGAGUCCUCUUGCUGAAGCACCAGGCUUGUGAUCUAACAUUAAUAGUUUAUUCAGUGUUAUAUUAAAUGAGAUCCUGGUGGAAAAUUUUUAUUAGUAGCAUUUUUAUUUUGAAGAUCCAUAGACAGUGGUGGUAUUUGGAAUCGUGCGCCCAUCAGUCAAGCAAGCUGGCAGAUCAUUCACUGAACUCCAGAGAGGAUAACGAGUGAAGUGUCCAAAGCCAGUGUGUGCUGCAUGUGAGUGACGUGAUCUCGGUGACAUUAGGCUGGGAAGCUGUGCAGAGCUUAGCCUGGCGCUGUCACGGACAGCAAAGGAAACCCUUUAAAAAGUCAGAGGAGCAAGUUUAGUGAGGCUUUCCCAGAAUGACUUCUAAGUUUUAUUCAUUCAUCCAUUCGUUGCAGGCUGUACGCAGGACAAAUUUUAGUAUAUAUUCAGGUUCUUUUGUGUCAAAGUAAAAGACAUAAUUUGUUCAAAUUUCGAAACUGUACCACUCUAGAGGUGGAGAUGGCAAGAUAUUUCUAAUAGGUCAUUACUUAAAUUCUAAGAACAGAACCUUUCUCUUAGUCCUCUUGUUGGGGGCCCAACUGUGCUCAGAUAGAUACCUCACACAGCUGUAAUGGGAUCACUCUUGCCCUUCUGGAUAAACACUUUUUAAAAAAAACUACAGGAUUAAGACUCUGUCUUGUGAUGGAUUGAACCAAAGCCACAAAAUUUGGAAAGCAGAAGUGAUGAUUAGGCUUGCUUCUCAAUUUUCUUUUUUUGCAUCAGUCAUUACCUUUGUAUUUAGAAAUAAUUUAUUGCAUGCGUAGUGUCAUUUUCAUCACUCCUCAUAAAUGUCCUAGUCUGUGAAAAUACUCUCCCUACAGAUCUGUUGUGAAGGCACUUACGAACUGUAGCUUGUAACUUUCCACUUCAGCAGUAGUAUGAAAAAGGAGUGCCCAAACCAUUUGCCCAAGUAGAUCGAUGUUUCUCUGUUGUUUUUAGUUUUAUUUUUUCAUAUAAAUGAGAUGUGGAUUGAACCAGUAGUAGUUCCAGGUAAUUUAUGACUCAUUUCAGUAUGCAUGUAUUUCAGCUUUCUAACAGGGGAGUUGGAGCUCUUAUAAGAUUCAUGGAAAUAACUGUGAAAACAUUAUGCUGCUUAUAAUACAGCAUUUAAAAACAUUCUGAAAUUUGUGCAUAUUCAGUGGAAAUCGUUUUGGCCCUCACUGUUAAAAUGAAAUCUGAUUAUAAUAAAACACUCACAUAUGGUGGAUUGGUUUGUAUAAAAUGUUGCAAUCUUUGACAUGGCAAUUCGAGUUUUCUUGGGCAUCUGCUGUUAGUAAGCAUUGCAGUGAUGCUCAGUUUAGCUGUUCUUGUUCAGAGACAGAGAGGAGGCAAAGAUUUUUCUGCAAAGUUUACUACCUUUCCCUAUCUGAAAAACAUUUCAGGAAACUCCCUUUUUCCAUAAGAAGGUGAAGGCAUUGAGCAUGUUCUGUCUAAAUCUGAUAUGUAUUUAGCUGAUGGGGUUACAACAAGUUAACAGUCUCGGCUAUUUCAUCAUUGAUGGGCUUAGGUUUAUAGAAGAAUAGUGUUGGGGAAACUAAUGGCCUGUAAACUGCUAGUCAAAACCUCGCCAUGUUUUUACUGAGCGGGAGUGAAACUAUGAGAAACAAGUGGUAGACAAUGUUUAAUUCAUCCAGUUAUGUAUGGAGUGCUUCAGGAGGAAUAACUCACAUUUUAAAUGAUGAUCUUAUGUACCAUAGAGCAAAGAAACAAGAACGGAGGAGGAACUAGAGUGACUUUUGUGUAAAUAGUCCUUGCUCAAAUACUCCUGUUCACCAGAUGGGGCUAAUCCUGUGAGGGAGAAUUUUGGGGAAAUCAGCCCUUUUAAAGGAUGUCUCUGCCUGUGCUAACCUACCUGUUGUGCAGAUUAUCUGUCUUUAUUUUAUUUUAAUUUUUUAAUCUUACUUUAUUUUCUCACUUAAAUCCUUCUAUAGGCUAUAAUUUCUUGGAAUCUUAAAAUCCCAUCUGCAGUGGGCUCUCAGGGCAAGGUAAAUUAGUAAAGCACUACUGAUAUUUUUUAGUGUGUGUUUUGAAGAGUAGUGGGAUUUCACCUGCUGCCCUAACCUUCCCAUCACCACCAACAAAAGGCUGUUUUGCACCUCCUUAUUCAUAACACACUUUUACUGUACUGAGUUAUCUCUUAUCCCACCUGCUGACUUAAUUUUACUGCUCUGUAGUCUGUUGUCAAAACUCAUGAAGUGCUGUAUCAAGAUGAUGUUCUUGAGAAUCUGAAUUCAACUGUAGAAGGUGCAAAUGCAGUUAACAGUACAAUUUAGGGGUCUGAACUGGUUCGUUGCCAGUAGAUACUUGUUGAUGGCCAAGGAAAUCCAAACUAGAGCUGAACUAAACAAGCAUUUAAUAGCGUAUGCUUUUUAGCCCAAGUUUCUUCCAGAUUGAGUCUGUGUUGUGUUGUUGUGUGUUAAACUAGUUUGGCCCUGUUUGUGCUGCCAGGCCAUGCUGUGGUCCAGGGAGAUCAAACCCAUGUUUAAACCAUUUCUGCAUGUGUGUUUAACCUGCUCCAAGCCCUGCGUUGACAAGGUCCUCAGGCCUUGCCUGCUUGUAUUCACUCGGUGAGUUUACUCGCUUGCUAUUUCAAGAAACCCUUGGUCCUAGCGCCAGAAUGUUAAGUGGAAGGUUGAGAAAAGAUUUACACAGCUGGAUUUGUACUUUUCUAAAAGGGAAGGGAUAACUUGUUCCCAAGCCAAAUACUUUCAUUAUUUUGGAUUACUUACUAAAAGCAGCCAAAAACAUUGUUUAAGGGAUAAAUGAUGGACUUCAAGCUAAUAUUUUUCCAUUAGGAAUUUAUUUUUUUAUUCUCCUUUCAUCAAGAUAGUGGUCUCUGAAUGUAGCUUGUUUUCAGAUGUAUGGCUCCUAAAAUUGUUGUUUCCUUGCAGUCAGACAUUUACAAGCAUGCACAGGUUUUGAAGACUGUCGCAUAUGUUAGCAUUUUUUUUGGAAAUGCAAAAUGAUCAUGUUAGCUAAUAAUUUCUUGUACCUUUGUAGCCUAAGCAGACUGCAAAGCAGUUUUGUGCUAUAUUUUCCUUGAAUCAUGCAGCUGAAAAACUUGUAGGAGAAAAUCCGUGAUAAGAAGACUAUCGUUGCUGUAACAUUUUCUAUUGGCAUUUGUCAGCAUGUCUGCUGCCUGCAUUGUAUUUCAUAUAAAUAUCUUCAGUUGGUUUCUUUUGAAAGAAACUUGUCAGAGAACAAAAAAUGUUUUCAGACAAAUUUCUUUGCCUUAUGGAACUAAUAUUAAUAAAACUGAAGUAAUUAUCUGAUUUACUUUUUACCAUGAUGAUAGUUUGGACUUUUUUUUUUUAGUGUUCUUGUAUCCUCUACUACUAUUUUCCUACAAAAGCAACUAUUGAUUUAGAGUUACCUGACAGUUCCCUUUCAGAGGAGAUAUAGCAGGUUGUAACCACAUAAAUGUUAGUAAUUAGAGUUGCUCCUGUUCUUUUUGGGUCACUUCCAUAACAGAUAGUUGAUAGGAAAAGGCUACUGUUACUGAUGGGAAACUCUUCCUUAAACAGUUAAAGGAGAUUAAGAUUCCGCAGCAGAAUUAUGCUGAGGUUAUGAUGUUGCAUGCCAGUUUUGAAUGACUACUUUGAAAAAAUGUUGGACUUCAAGUGUCUUGCAAAGUGGCAGAUCCAAAUGAGAAAUAUCUGCUUGUUGAGUAAUACAGUCUGCUUGUCAGUUUGUGUAUGGUUCAGUACAAGGCUGUGUCAGAAUUACAAUACCACCAAAUUACCUUGUUUAAAUGCUACUGUUAUAUAAAAGUGAAUGUUAUCUUAAGUGAGAUAUUCUCUUUUCUAGUUUGUGAAGGAGAUCGUUCUCUUGGGAGUACGAAUCCAUAAAUUUCAUGUAACUCAUGAUUCCAGAAAGGCUUUUUUUCCAUGGGAAAUGAGAGAAAUGAAGUAGUGAUUUGUUCUCUAAAAAUCUGAUAAGCCUUUAUCAUAAAAAAAUAUAAAUUUUUGCUUUAAAUGAAAAUGCUGCAACAAACAUUUAAUAUUAAACUUCAAUAUUUUAAAAUCCUGGAUAAAGAUCUAAAAUGACAAAGAUAGAAAAUUCUGUGGGAGAUUAUUUUGAAAUACACCAGUAUAUUUUUGAGCUUCUCAAUUGCAACCCUGAAUUUUCUAUUUUUCACUGCAGUUCGUAUUUCGUGAAACUUCUUGGGUAGCUUAUACUUAAAGUUACAUUCACUUGCCUGAUUAAGCCAAGUAAAUACUUUGUCAUUUAAAAUUAUAUUGAUCCGCUUAUGUUAGCGUGCAGUUCAAAAUGAGACCAUAUUGAGGUAACCAUGAAGGUAUUUAUAUUGGUAUGACAGUAGUGAAGUGGGAUAGCUGUAUACUGUACCCGCAAUCUGUGAUGAGCAAAAUCACAUGGACUUCCAGAAAUAAGCAAUGUUUUUUAAGAGCAGCUUUAUUUAAUGUUACAGCAGCAAGUAAGUGUCAUUUGUACCAUAUAAUUAUGUAAAUUGGGUGCUAAUAAAUACUAUUUUUCAACAUUU